GAAGAGAAGUGGAGGCAGCAUUCUUCCUAUUUAAAGCUGCAUCCCCUGAAAGGAGCGCUUGCAGACUGCUCUGGAGCUGGUGCUGAAAAAAAGGAGCUCGCAGACUUUGUCCUGGAACUGAUGCUGAGAGGCAGAAAGACUCCACAGCUGGCUUCAUGGUGCUAAAAUAACCUUCCGUUUCUGCGCCUUCUUUUUCCUUCUCCGCUGCCCGGGAGGAUAGAUGCCUGAUAGCCAGGCGUGAUGGCAAUCUGGGUGCAAACGAGAACUUUUUUCAUCCUUGCAGCUUUAUUAGGGCGAUUUGCAACCACAAAAGCACAAGGCGAGGAAGAAUAUGACGGUGGAGAAGAUGUUGAAGAAAUAGCCUGCACUCAGAAUGGCCAGAUGUACCUGAACAGGGAUAUUUGGAAGCCCUCACCGUGCCAAAUCUGUGUCUGUGACAAUGGAGCUAUUCUUUGUGAUGAAAUCCAGUGUCAAGAUAUGCUGGAGUGUGAGAACCCACAAGUGCCCCCAGGAGAGUGCUGUCCUGUGUGUCCUCAUACAACACGUGACUUGGAACCCACCAUUGGUAGAGGAAGAAAGGUAAGAAUUCCUUCAUUUUAUUUAAUACUAUAUUAUUUUUAGUAUAUUGC